UCUCAUCGUCGGAGGAAUGCUUUGCUACGUUUGCCAUGGGUGAAUCUAGUGUUAUUUUUCAAUAUUGUACGGGAAAAAUGUUAUAUAUUAGUGUUGCCGUCAGUCUGUCAGUUCUUCUACUUGUGAUUGGAUUAUCCGUAGGGUUGAGCAUGAACGCAUUUAAAGGACGAGAUGCUCUCGAUACGGCGCCUCUGAUUGACGGCCAUAAUGAUUUACCAUUCAAUUUCUAUGAAAUCUUGAACAACAACUUGUCAGCCUUUCAUUUCGAAAACGAUCUAAGGAAUGACGUUGCCUGGGGAAGAAACGCUUGUUCCUCGUGUUUCACUGAUCUACCUCGCUUAAACGCAGGAAAAGUGGGUGGACAAUUCUGGGUGGCAUACGCACCAUGCGAGUCGCAAUACAAAGAUUCUGUACAAUUAACAUUGCGACAGAUCGAUGUAAUCAAACGAUUUGUUCAACGAUAUCCAGCCAAUUUGCAACUGGUCACUGCCGCGGGAGACAUUGAAACCACAUGGAGGAAUGGCAAAAUUGCAUCUAUGAUAGCCGUCGAAGGUGGUCAUUCGCUUGACUCGAGUUUGGCCGUCUUAAGACUCUAUUAUGAUCUCGGAGUUCGUUACGUUACCUUGACACACUCUUGCAAUACACCGUGGGCCGAUGCGUCGAUUGUGGAUAACGGAUAUGUAUACAACCUGACAGAAUUUGGAAAAACAGUGGUUUACGAAAUGAAUCGAAUUGGAAUGUUGGUCGAUUUAUCUCAUGUCUCUCACAAUGUUAUGAAAGAAGUUCUCGCAAUAACAAGAGCUCCCGUCAUAUUUUCGCAUUCGUCCGCUUUCAGUGUUUGCAAACACUACAGGAACGUUCCCGAUGACGUUCUACAUCUAGUCAAAAAGAACAAUGGUAUCGUUAUGGUGAAUUUCUUUAGCGGUUUUGUAAAUUGUAAUUCUUCCAGAAACGCGACGCUACAGGAUGUCGUAGAUCAUAUAAAUCACAUUCGAAAUCUUAUCGGAGUAAAUCAUGUUGGUAUUGGCGGAGAUUAUGAUGGUGUAUCCUCAAUGCCGAUGGGCUUGGAAGAUGUCUCGAAAUACCCCGAUCUAUUUGAUCGUUUAUAUGAGAAUCGGGAAGAAGAACCAAUAUGGACCAGAGAGGAUUUAGAAAAAUUGGCUGGGAGAAAUUUUCUUCGCGUUUUCCAAGCAGUAGAAGCGGUACGAGAUUCUUUAUCAUCCGAAUCGCCUCGAGAAGAUGUUAUAACGGGAAACGAAUUAUAUAUUGCACAAAAGAAAGAAGGACUUAACCCAGCAUGCCAAACAGCAAUAGAAUGGAAUAAUGUAAAUGCAACAUCAGACGCUGAAGAGAAAACUUCAGGACUAUCAAAAAUAAUGAAUUAAUAAAAAGAAAUAUAUUAAAAGUGACACACCAACAUUCAAUAUGGGCUCAAGUGGGAGGUUGUUAAAGUAUAAAUAUAAUGUAAAAAUAUGUAAAAACAAUAUGUGAUAUUUC